CUUAACCCCGUGACGUUUCACUCAGAGGUCAAGGAAUAGGAGAUAGGUUUAGAAUUUAGGAGCUGAUUUUUUGAUUAUUCGACCGCAACCCACAGCUGCUGGUAGUAAACAGCUCCUGCAGGGAAACGGUGUCACAUCGUUACUCUUCCCCAAAGAAACCAAACAUGACUAAAGAGUUGACUCCAAAAACAAACUAUCACAUCAUACAUACAUAAAACAAGGUGUUUGUUCUGCAGAUAGUGAACAUCGUAGGGUAUUAUCAGAAUUUGGAUUUGAUUAUUGUUUAUAUUUUUUAUAUUGGCAAUUUGUUCCUCAUCGGAAGAUGCAAGGGCACGGACAAGAAGGCUCCCGGGGGCACAAAGAUGGCGCUGCCCGUGCUGAGAGGGUUUCACAGGGUUUCAUCAACACUGAAAAUUACUCGUCUGUUUUUGAAUGAGAGUCCCGUCCUGAACUGGGGUGGGAGACCGCGGCUGCCCCCCCCUCCUGCGCAGCGGCCGUUCAGCUCGGCCGCCGGCGGGCAGCAGAACCAGAACCAGAAGGUGGUGGUGUUUGGCAUCCCGAACCCCUUCAUCUGGGUCCGAACCCGGAUGUACUACUUCCUGAUCCGAGCCUACUUUGAUAAAGAGUUCAGGAUCGAAGAGUUCUCAGAGGGAGCCAAGCAGGUACACCCGUGAGAAGAGAUGGGGCUGAAGUAAUGAGAUCCAUUUGAGAUUCUCCUUUUAUACAAUCAGUGUGGUGUAGACGUAACUAAGUACAUUCACUGAAGUACUGCACCUCAGUAUUUCCCUGUUAUGCUACUCUGUACUGCAAAUGAGAGAACAAUUGUGUACUUUUACUCCACUACAUGUAUUUAGUACCUUUAGUU